AUGGAUAGGAAACCAGGACAUUUGACAAAAUCAGUGCAGGAGAUCGCUGGAUCUUUAUUCUGGAUAAAGGUAGUGCUCUAUUUUACGGGGAAAGGACGACAUGUUUAUGUUUCAAAAGUAGUCGAAACAUGCAUUUUUUGCAGCUGUCAGCUCUAGUUUUUUAUUAUUAAGUCUGUGAAAUAACUUUUUAUUGCACCAGGUUGUUGGAAUAGGAAAUGAUGGCGUGGGGAAGACUUGUCUAGUGAAGAACUUCUGUGAAAAAAAGGUGCAAAAAUGAUCCAACUCUAACUUAACCUGCGAUCAGGCUCCCGCCAGGCUUCUCCGGAAAAGAACAACCGAUCACAGGCGUAACAGAAAACAAGCGUCAAGAAAAACCACAAUUUCAGUCUAUUAACAUACUUUGAAACAGAAUAUUAUUGUUUAUUGAAAAUGGAAAACAAAAUAUUAUUAUAUUUUUAAUUUUAUUCCCUGAAGAAGAUUUCAUUAGAACACAAAAUUUAAUAAUUGAAUGUAAUAUUCUAAUGAUAGGAAAGUUAAUUCUGAUCAUUGUAUAUUUCCUUCUUAGUUUUCUAAAAGCUACCACCCAACAGUGGGAGUUGAUUAUGGUAGGUCUAUAGACAGUGCUUAAUCCCCAUAUGAGAUAAUGAUGAUGGCGAUAAGGAUGAUGAUGUCACAAUGAUGUGAUGUGGUGAUGAUGAUGAUAAUUUGGUGAUGAUAUUCAGCGAUGAUGAUCAAGCUUGAUGAUAAGAUGCUGAUGCCGAGGCUGAUUAGGAUGAGGACAGUGAUGAUGAUGGCGAGAUAAUGAUGUGAUGUGGGAUGAUUUGUUAUACAGUCAAAUCCCGGUAACUCGAACCCUCUAUAACUUGAACCUCCCGCUAAAUUGAAGCAAUUUUUAAAUACGUUUCCCUUCAGAUCAUUUUCUAUAUAAUAUUACCCUCGAUAACUCGAACUCCCGGUAACUCGAACUAUUUUCUCCUUCCUUUGAAGGUUCGAAUUAUUGGGAGUCGACUGUAAUUUCAAAUCUAAUACUAACAAUAACGUGAUGGUGUUGAGGUGGUGGUGAUGAUAAUGUCAUAAAAUUAUGAUGUGGAUGAUGAUUUAGGUAUGUUUACAUCUGAGGACUUCCUCAAAAGAGAACACUAUGAGAAGAGCAUGCCUAUUCAACAUCAUGGUUAUUUUUUUUUUAACUUGGAAACUAAAAUUAACCAUAAUAUUUUUUUGAGACCACUAACAUCAUGAAAUAAAUUUCAUUCUUAAGCUUGUUUGCUAUUUAUACUUUCAGGAUUCAAGCUGCACAAAAUUAAUGGCGUUGACUGUGAGUUUGCUUAUUGCACGCAAAAUCAAACUCAGUAGAUUUUAAAAAAAAAUAAGUGGUUUGAACCACUUUUUACAAUGUCAGCAUUAAUACUAAGUAUUCUAAAUGUCAGCAUUAAGUAAUCUUAUAAACCACUGAAAAGACAUGGUACCACCUCUGUAAUCAUUCUAGGAAAGAUGUAUAUCAUUAUUCCCAACAAAAAUAAUGUUUUGCUUUCAUUCCCUGAUCUCCCACCUCAGGAAAUUCCAGAUUAGCCCAAUCAUAUUCUUGGUUUGUAACCAUGUCAACCAAUAUGGCUGCCAUUAUGACAUCAGCUGGAAACUUGAAAUUCUGUAUUUUUAUUAGAGUCUGGCUGCAUUCCUCCUCGAUUAGAGAAUUUUUGGAAAAAGUGAUGAAAUGCUUAACUGUGACAAAAAGGCUGGUAUUAAGUAAGUUUACACAGAUGGCGGUGAUAAAGAUGUGCUUUUUUUUCCCUCAUAGAUAGGAUCAAUUUCUGGGAUUUUGGUGGCCAUGCAGAUUAUGAUGAAAUAAGAGUUGAACUUUAUGGGCAGACACAGGUUAGAGUUAAGCUGAUGAGUAGUAAAGAAAAUCUAUACAAUAGCUACCUGACUGUAUAGCCAUAAGUUAUCGUUAAGUCUCCCUUAAAUUAUAUUUCAGACCAAAUGCCAAACUCCAAGGUUGUUCCAAGUUGUCCUCGGCAAUUUUCAGAUGCGACAUCACCUGUCAAGCUUGUCAGGAGCCCCCCCAUUUGCUCAGUUCUAAACCCCUUUUGCUCACUCAAAUAGCAUGAACUGGCCUCAGCGGACGAGGCUAGCCUCAUUCUUAGUUUCAUAUUUAAUAAUUAUUGGUGUAUGAAUGCAAAUAAUUUUCAAAGUGUACUCUGAUUAUUAGGGAAGGUUAAUAAAUUUGUUGUUGACUGUGUACUUGCAGGCUUGUAUUCUGGUGUUUGAUGUUACAAACAAGUUAUCAUUUGAUUCUCUGGAGUACUGGCUGCAAGAGUUUACAACUAAUGGUGGAAAACAAGCUGUCAUCGCUGUGGUAGCCAAUAAGGUCUGUCUAGUCCAACACAAACUUACAGGAAAUAUAAAUUCAAACUAUAAAACCCCUCCAUUCCCAACAAGUUCCAAAUUCUGCCCGAUAAGCUCAAUUGGAUAAGCACCAGUCUGCCGAGUGGAAGGCCAUUGGUUCAAACCCUGGUCGGACCAACACACAGGGUCUUUAAGUAACUGAGGAGAAAGUGCUGCCUUUGUAAAGACAUCUGCAAACAGUUAAGACUUUCUAGUCUUCUCAUAUAAGGAUGAUAAACUGUAGGUCCCAUCUCACAACCCUUGCAAAUUAAAAUAAUAGUCUGCGGGAUGUUAAAGGACCCACACACUGUUCAUAAAGAGCAGGGGACCUAGUCCUGGUGUGGUGGUCAAUCUCUCAUGGAGAAGGGGGGAGGGGGAGGGACUGUUAAGGGCCCACAUAGUGGCGUGUCGCGCUGUUGCGGAGACCCUGCCAAGAAUUGGCGAACCUGGGUGAAUAAAUAAAUAAAUAAGACAAAUGGCACUGUACUUAGUAGUAACUACAAGUACUUAAACUUAAGAUGUUUCAUUUGAGUCAUAAUCAUGCCAGACUUAACUUCAUUGAGAGACUCAUCACAUUUUUAUAUAAGGGCUACCUUCAUGUCUUUGAGAACAUCGCUUAGUGAUCUCAUGUAAUAUACAGGAGAAUGCUGCUUUAUCAAGCCCUCAUACAGUUUCUUGGACCUCCCAAUAAUUCAUAUCAAAAUUAAACCUGACUUUCCUUCCCAAGCCAAACAAUGUAAAUAUCCCCACAACCACCCCAAUUUGUUAGAAAAAUUAAUUCAAAACAGUUCAAACCAAUUUUGCUCACCACAAGAGGCUUGAGAAGGGUGCAUUCCAUAUUUAUGGUGCUCAUAAGCUACCUUGAAAUAUUCUCAGUUUGAUCAUACUUUCAUUCCCAUUACAGACUGAUUUAAACUCCAAACGCGCUGUAAGCAGCAAAGAUGGACAGAGAUGGGCCAAAGCCCAUGACCUAAGGUCUGUAAACAAUUUUUGUUGACUUUUUCUGAAUUCUAAUUAGCAAAUGUUGUUUAAAAAACAAAUACAAAAACAAGUAAAAAGUAAACAAGAUAAAAUUGAAUGACGUUUGACUAGAAAUUGGUGUGAUGAUAUCGAUGACACCAAAACGUUAAGUUUUAUCCUCAAUCACUUUUAACUUGUGUUUCUGAAUUGUUGGUCUUUAUACCACUGAGCUCUUGAAACAUUUUAAUUUUGCUAGUUUUGAGACAAUUUGUUUUAUCAUGCAGAUACUAUGAGACAUCAGCAGCUACUGGACAAGGUGUUCAUGAGAUGUUUAGUGGACUGCUCUCGGCGGUGGUGGAAGCAAAGCUUGUUAAAGCCAAACCUGUCAUCAGCACAGAUCAAAGUAAACAGAGAUGAACCAAAAGGAAAUUGAUGAUAUUUUCUUAAUGGACUGUAAAUCUUGUAUUUUCUUGGCAACUGGCUGUAGGCCAGAGAUUGUAAUCCAAAGUGGCAGACCUAGGAUUUUGCCUUUUGUAGGUCAGAGAUUGGAACACAAAGUUUGCAGACCUAUAGUCUGUGAAUACAGCCAUUUCUCCUUGCUCCUCACCACUAGAGACAUUUUGUUAGGAAGAACGUCUGACAUAAAUCAAUGUUUACAUAAAUAAAUACAGUAGUCAUGAGGUUCCAAAUGUAUAUUAAUAUUGUUUGAUUUUAUGUCUCUCCUGGUCAAUCAUGGUAAAGUUUUGUGUUAUACUGUGAACGAGCUCCAGCAAAACUCAGAUGCUUUUUCUAAAGAAGAAUAUAAUUAUUCCAGGAAUAUUGACUGUUUUGUAGUACAUUCAUCACAUUUACAACCCUGUUUACAUUUGACCUUUGUGGCCUUUUGUCUGUCACUCGUAAACAAUAGGUAAAACAAUACAACUACUAUGUUGACCAAUCAGAUCUACUGACCAGAUUCUGGACAGAUUUCUCAUCAUCAGUAUGGAAUUUCUGUCCCUGAGGUGCAGAUGUUCCUCCUGGUGAACUGUUCCUAGCAUCAGGGAGCAAGGCUAGCAGACCUAGGAUUUU